AUUUUUCUGUGUGUGAAAAUGGCUAGAGCUUUUAUAAUUAUAUGCCUCAUAAGCGCACUUUGCUUUAUUGUAACGCAUGCACAACAUCACUACGAUGAACAUAAAAUAAGUAAUGUAAUCUGGUGCACAAAAGGUCUUGAGGAGCAGUUCAAAUGCCAAAAUCUGACUGUGGCCAUCGAACGAGAUCGGGCGCUCUUCGACGAUGUAUUUCUGAAUCUAACCUGUUUGAUGGCAUACAGUGCUGAUGAGUGCAUCCAUAAUUUGGAUCGGGAGAAGGCGCACAUCACAUCGCUGGAUGCCGGAGAUGUGUUCACCGCUGGACGUUACAACUCGCUGAUCCCAAUUAUGCAGGAGAAGCUGGAGGGUGGCUUCUUGGAAUAUAAUGCAGUGGCAGUUAUCAAAAAGAAUUCCCUGCCCGACGUGACCGAAAUACGACAUCUGCGCAAUAAACGCGCCUGCUUCCCCUGGGUGGGCAGUCUGGCUGGCUGGAUUGUGCCAAUACAUACGCUGCAACACCAUGGAGAUAUGGAAAUUGUGGAUUGCAACAAUCAGGUUAAAACUGCUGCCAACUAUUUUAAUAGUUCCUGUGCUGUCUACUCACUGAUUGAUAGAUACAAUCCCAUCGGCGACAACUCGGACAAACUGUGUGGCUUGUGUAUUGGCAAAAUUCCUCUGCGCUGUUCGUCAGCGGAUCCCUAUUUUGGCUAUGACGGUGCAUUUAGGUGCCUCCUCGAGGCGGGAGAUGUGGCAUUCUUGCGACAUUCAACGGUCUCCGAAAUGCUGCAAACCAUCGAAUUCCAAAAUAUGUCACCGGAUACGUUCCAAUUGCUGUGCCGUGAUGGCAGCCGUGUGCCCAUCGCCGAUUAUCGCCAAUGCAGCUGGGGUCAAGUGCCUUCGGAUGCGAUUGUUACCUCGUCAGCGCGUAGUUUUCGCGAACGAAAGCAAUACCAGCAGUUUUUGAAGCGCAUCACUGAGCUGUAUUCGGAUGGUGUUCGCGAGGACCCAGCUCACAGUCAGCCGCAGACUGGUGGCGGUUUUGGCACAUACGAUCGCAACAACAACUACAAUGAUCCAAAUCGUAACAAUCCCUACGACAAUUUCAAUGGCCAAUACGACAGCAACAUCAACGGCUACAAUAGGAAUAGGAAUCCCAACCAGAAUCCCUAUGAUCAAUACGAUAACUCCAAUUAUCGCAAUGAGCGAUUGGACAGCAGUUUCACCACUGAACGCAAUCAAUUUGAUGGUGGCAACACAUCGGUGCCUUAUGAAAAAUUCCGCAUUUUUGAAUCUCGAAGAUAUGGCAAAUCCAAUCUGCUCUUUCAGGAUGGAUCCCGCGCUUUGCUUUCCAUACCGGAAGACGAUCAAUCCUUUUCGAAAUAUCUGCAAAAAUCCAUUAGCUAUAUUUACGGCAUCCGUGAAUGUCCGGUGCCCUCAAUGACGUUGUGCGUCACCUCAGAUCCCGAGCUGGAGAAAUGCAUCAAAAUGAAAACCGCACUCAAGGCGCAAAUAUUGAAGCCCGAACUUAUCUGCAAAAAGAUGCAUUCGCACAUUAAUUGCAUGCAACUGAUUCAGUCUGGAAAGGCCGAUGUGGCUGUGUUUGAUGCCGGAGAUGUGUACACGGGUGGAUUGAACUACGAUUUGGUACCGUUCAUGUCGGAAAUAUACAAUUUGGGUGAACCCGAGUACUAUGUGGUCGCCGUAGCCAAAGAGGAGGAUCCCGACACUGAACUAACAUAUCUAAAGGGCAAAUACACCUGCCACACGGGCAUCAAUACUGCCGCCGGCUGGACAUAUCCCAUGGCAUUUCUCAUUUCGAAUGGUUGGAUUCGACCAUACGGCUGUGAUUCGAUUCGUGCCGCCGCCGAAUAUUUUACCAAAUCUUGUGUGCCCGGUGCCAUUAGCAGUGAAUAUAAUACGGGUGUGCCAUACGACAGCAUGUGCGAUCUCUGCCAUGGAACCAGCUAUAGAUACUGCCGUCGGGAUGCUUCGGAGGAUUACUAUGGGCAUACGGGUGCGUUCCGCUGUCUCGUUGAGGGCGGCGGGCAUGUGGCGUUCAUGAAGCACACCACCGUCAUGGAGAGCACGGGUGGCAAGCGCAAGGAAUGGUGGGCCAGGAAUGCCCUCAACGAUGACUUUGAACUGUUGUGCACGGACGGCACUCGUGCGGAACUCCAGGAUUACAAACGCUGCAAUCUGGGCAAGGUGAAGGCUAAUGCCAUCGUCACACGUGGUGGAGUCAACUACAAUGAGACACAACUGCAUGCCUACAUCAAUCUGCUGACAUAUGCCCAGCAGCUGUACGGCCGUAAGGAUGUGGAUGCAUUCAGUUUUAGUAUGUUCUCCUCACCGCUAGGACACUAUGAUCUAAUCUUCCAGGAUGCCACGAGACAAUUGCAAGUGAUACCGCAGCAGCAACGCCAUUAUGCCACCUAUCUGGGUGGCAAUUUUAUGCGGGCUCGUCGCAUUACCGAUUGCUAUGCGAGUGCUCCGCAUUUAACAUUAUCCGUAUUCUUAAUACUGGCAAAUAUGUUUGUUCUGCGAAUAGUGCUCUGAUGAGGCUCGUCACGGUUUCUCUCUAUUCCAUUCCAAAUAGGGUGAGAGUUCAUCCCGAAUGAUUUUAGACUCGUAAUUAUUUCGAAUAAACAUUUUCGAAUCUCACACAAACGACAUAAAUACAUAUCAAUAAUUCCAUAAGAGCAAUUUUUCAAUUGCUCUAACUUUCUUGAAUCUAGUGCCUUAAAAAAAACACAAUCGUCAGAAGUGAAUUGAACUAUAUAUGCCCCAAAUGUACAAUAAUUUAAUCUUAAGUCAUAAAGAUCAACAGCAUUACAAAAUAGAAGUACAAUUUUUGUUAAAUGUCAAUUUUAUAUAGUAGACAUCCGUCCGAAACGUCUAUUCAUACAAUCUACAAAUAUAUAUUUAUA